UGGUUAGGGUUGUCCGGCACAGUGAGAGCUGAACAUGUCCGAAGGGCCCCUGGAAGAGGCGGAAACGCUGCCUGCUCCAGCAGAAGUGGAGGAGCAUGAGGGGUUGCUGGAGAAUGACCUGUACCUGCUGACGCAGGGUCAGGAAGCUCCAAGAAAUGAGCGCUCCAAAAGGCGGAAACGGGCCUCGCCCGAGACGCAGCACCGACCGGUCGGUGCUAUGGAGCCGCUCGCGCUGCCGGCGCCCGCCGACGCCGCCAUCGCCGCGGAAGCCACCGCGGACGCCGCCGACGCCGCGGCCGACGCUGUGGGCGCCGGUGCUGGCGCCGCGGCCGACGCUGCGUCGCCGGAGAUGUCUCCCGAGGAUGUGGCUGCUGAAAUGGAACGCGCGCGGAAAAAGAAGAAAUUUGAGUCCAAACCCGUGGAAGCCCGAAAAGAGGGCGAUGAGGGCGACUGGAUCCACUUUCCUUCCUUGGCAGCUGCCUCGCGGGAGACAGGUGUUCCGAAUGGUUCCAUUGCGUCGUUGUGCACCCUGCAGGGCAGCCACACAGGCCGGGUUUUUGGGAUGGGCCAAAACGCGGAAUAUAUAUAUAUAUAA